AUGCAUACUAGGCGCGUUUUUCGUGGGUUAGUAAAGGCACAGUUUUUACGAAUAAGUAUAUUAAACACGGAAAAUGAUAAAUGUGCAGAACAAAUGAGACAGCUGAUGGAUGAUUUUAUGAAUAGAGGGUAUACAAAGGAAAUGGUAUUUGGAAUAAUGAUGGAAAUCUUUAACAACAGAAUGAUAGUUGCUCUUCCUUACUUUAGUGAUAUAGUGACAGAAAGUUUACCUAUUACAGAUGAUUUACUAGGCAGCAAAAUUACCAGUGUCCCCGGAGAUCGACAAAGCUCACAUUCAUCUGCAGCAGCUGUAUCCCUCAGUUCCACAGGCAGUGGUGGAGGUUGUGAUUCCACAAUCCAUGGUAUACUUAGCCACCGAAGAAUGUCUGUGGUCAGCCUUCCAAAAAUAGUUAAUGGUCUGACACAUGAGGAGGAAAGCAUGGUAAAGGAGGAUGAUCCAGCUGCCGCAGUAGCCGAGUCAGCUGCAGAGAAAACUAGAAAAGGGAGCUGCAGCAGGAGAACUUCUGGGGAUGGAUACUUGCCCACAAUUCAACAAGAAGAGGCAGCCUCUGGUGAAGAAUUCACAGAAGAGAAUUUCUCAGGAGAACAAGGAUAUUACAGCAGGGAAGAUGACACUGAAAGUGUUGCUUCACAAGACAGGCAACCAAACACAAGAGAUACUGGCCUUCAUCCAGGUCAACAGGAUAAGCGGUUUGUUGGAUCCUUGAUGGGCCCUGCUGCUGCAUGCAAGCAUCAUGGCAAUCUAUCAGAUGGGCUUCCCGAAAAGAGGAGCUUUACCAGAAGACGACUUCUUCCCCCCACACCACUGGGUAAUGUAGUUGAGGUUGUAGUUCAGAAGAAGGAAAAUAUGUCAAAUAUUAGCAUAAAAUAUUGCUCAGCCAUAUGCAUAAUGGAACAUUAUGUAAAUCCAUUCCAUGGUAUAUAA